GCUCCAGAGCAGAGCUGCUCCAGCCUUGGAGCAUCCUAUAGGAAGGGGUCCCCUGCCUGGAGCAUGGGGCUGCCAGGUCUACCCGUUAGGCACUACAGCCGCCUGCAGUAGGCAGAGCUCACAGACAUGUUGCAGGCCGGGGAUUGGACUUGGGCCAUGGAAGGAUGCGAGUUAGCUGGAUGAGACAGGCUGUGUGGGAGCAGGUGCUUAGAUGUGGUGAAGGAAGUAAUUCUUUGUACUUGUUCUCCCUCAAGAUGUUUUGUGUUCAGGCCUUGGGGCCCCAGGAUUUGGGAAAUCCAUGGUUUUUUUGGUGGUGAGAAGGGAAGCAUUGAUGUUUGGAAAUGCCCUUUAGCAACUGAAAACCUUCAGUUCACCAGUGACGUUUGUAGGAUCAUAUGAUCGGAAAGCUCAGUGUAUGCAUGCAAGUGUUGGCUAAAACGGGUUUGGGAACUUCUCUGCAGAUGGGUGCGUUAUGUUGGCUGCACAACUUGGUUAUCUCCUGGUGCCACCAUGGUGAGGUUCCAGGCCUUGGUUAGGGUAAUCAGGGAAGUUCUCAGUGAGAGGAACAGACUUGGCUCGUGGCAGCCUUGCCAAGAGGUUGUUUGUCUUUUCUGGAGAUAUCCUGGAGAAGCUAACCCGUACAGAAGCUGGUGCAUACAAAGGAGGUGGAGCUGGUUCUGGUUUCACUUUGCUCUGGUUCCUAUCAAAGCCUCAGAAUUGCCCAAGGGUUUACACUGGUUGAGAUAGUCAUCCUGUAGACAGGCCACCAGCAGUCUGGAGGAGCACCUAACAAUUCCCCUUUACCGUGGUUACUUGCCUUUAGCUUUUCCUGCUGUCUUUCUCAUCUUGACUGUGGCUUAUCUCUUUGUGGCUUUGAUCAAGGUGUCCAUCUGGCCUGCUAUGGUUUCCCUGUCUCGGGGACUAACUGUCGUAUCUGGCUGCAAAGUCUAUGCAGAACAGAACCGGGGAACCCUUUAGCUCCGUGUCUUCUGCUUGUUCCUGCUGGGCAUGACUUCUGGAUGGAGAACACUGGUCCAGCCUGAUCUCCGCAGCCUUAAGCUGCUUGGUCAUUUGAGGAGAUUUUGAACCCCCUGUUGCCCUUUGGAUGAUAUCAGCUGGAUCACAUACCUCAUGGCAAUGCCCAAAGACUGACAGGUAGAGAGGAUCCUGGCAUAGCAAGAUCCUCCACCAGCACUGUGGUCUCUGCCUUGGAGUAGCAAAGCUGCUCUUUGAGGAACCAGCUCAUCUUCCUGCAUGUGUUUGAGUUUUGGAGUCUUUUUGCAUAACUCGCUUUUCUGAGCCAACUUUCCACAAACACAGUUUGUUUUUCUUCAAUUUGAGUAAUCUGUACAAACUCAGCCCUUUAUAUCCUGGAUCUGCUCGGAAGCUGAGGAUACAACAUGUUGCUGAGAAGAGACUUCUGAUUUAUUUGCUCAUGUCUAACUGUGGCAGCAGAGGGGAUAUUGAUAAUAACCUUGAAGUCUCACAGACUUUUUCUUUUUAAAUGAGAACAAGAAAUGCGUCCCCAAGGAAUGGGCUCAGAAAUGACAACUGCCCAGAAGCACAUUGGCACACGGUGCCCAGAGAAGCUGUGGCUGCCCCAUCCCUGGCAGUGUUCAAGGCCAGGUUGGACACAGGGGCUUGGAGCAACCUGCUCUAGUGGAAGGUGUCCCUGCCCGUGGCAGGGGGUUGGGACUGGAGGAGCUUUAAGGUUCCUUCCAACCCAAACCAGGCUGGGAUUGUAUGUAAAAAGUGUGUGGUUAAAACCAGCUGUUUGGGUCUUGGUUCCAACUCUGAGUUCUUGGUGUUUCUGCUAUAAAUGAAGCUGGUGAAGGGUCUAGAGAACAAGAUUUAUGAGGAACGGUUGAGGAGAACUGGGGGUGUUUAGCCUGGAUAAAAGGAGGCUCAGGGGAGGCCUUAUUACGCCCUACAGGUACCUGGAAGGAGGUUGUAGUGAGGUGGGGUUGGUCUGUUCUCCCAAGUAACAAGUGACAGGACAAGAGGAAACAGCCUCAAGCAGCACCAGAGGAGGUUUAGAUGGAGAUGAGGAACAAUUCCUUCCCCAAAGGGUGCUCAGGCAUUGGAACAGGCUGCCUAGGGCAGUCAGUGCUGGAGUCACUGUCCCUGGAGGUGUUUAAGAGAUGUGCAGAUGUGGUGCUCAGGGACAUGGUGGCCUUGGCAGUUCUGGAGGAACGAUUGGACUUGAUGAUCUUAAAGGUCUUUUCCAACCUGGCUGAUUCCGUGAUUCUAUGAAGGUUGAGUUUGGGUUUGAUGAGCUGUUGACAGUUGUGAGGAAAGGCAGCAUAUUGAUGGGCGGAGCUUUAGGGAGCCAGCAAAGGGACUGGCUUGGCUGAAAACUGUGGUUCAUGUUUAGCUGGGUAUGAAGUUGGAACCGGAGCACGCUGCAGAUGUUAUCUUUGGAUUUCAGUUACUUCCUCGCUAACUGUAUCCAUGAAAACCUUUGCUGUUUUUCCUUUGUGUUUGCUGAAUGGCAUGAGUCAGAUAUUAAAGCCCUGACUUCAGGUUCCACCCUGGGAUGGACCCUGACAAGGAAAUGCCAAAUAACUUGUAGCAGAAAGCCACGUGUUUCCUGAUGGAUGGCUGGGUGGCCAUUCCCUUCCAGCGCCAAACGGGGCUGCGGGGGCAAGGCCGUGGUGUUGCCUGUAUCUGUCAGAGGUGGAGCACAAAGAACCUCUGUAUAAAUCCUCCCAGGACACAGGGAACGAGGGCAGCUUUAUUCCAAUACACAAAAUGGACCUUUUUCCUCUGGACUUAAACAACAUUUUGGCUGAACAAAUGGAGCCGACCUUUUUUUAUUAAAAGCAUGUAUCUUCUCCCUGGUUCAGCAAGAGGCUUUUAAAGCUGAAAGAACUCCUUAACGUGCAAACCAGCUGACUUCAGUCAUUCCAACAGCAUUUGUCAUCUUACUUUUUGCUCCUUAAAUUUGGAGAGCUUGUAGCCUUUAUUUUAUCAGAGGAGAGCAAGAAGAAAAGUGGCUCUAACCCCGUGUGCUCUUUGCAGAGGUGGAGAGAGGCUGAGUCAGGGCAGUGCUGAGUCUGUUCAGUUCCUUUUUAAGUUGAUGGGAAGACUCCCAUUUGUUUUGAUAGGCAUUGACCUGCCCACAAGCUCAAGCUUAUUCCUUUUCGGAUCCAGAGGAAGGAUGGAGGGUGAUGAGACACCAGUGAAGUGCAAUCUUCUUCUUGCACGUGUUCACCACGACAGGAGCCAUCCUCACAGGUUGUGUAAGAGUUGCUUCAUUUCCAGGACAUGAAAGAACACUCGUGCUUACCCAGCUCAGUGUUUUCAGGCCUCCAGCGAGCACAUCCUCAUACUGGCUUUUUGUGUUCUUCCCCUGUAGUCUGGCCCAGCUUCCAACCAGGAACAAGCCCUUAUUUUCUUUAGCUAUUUUAGUUUGAUUUAGGCUUAGCUGAACCUGACAGAACUGCAGCUCCAUGGGAAUGUUUGACUGCUGUUAUGCACAGAGACCUUGAAAUCAAACCCCCACAUUUCCUUACAUGGGAUGGCAAAGGUUUAUUUGCCUGCCUCUACCUCCAGAAGCUGGAGAGUGAAGAUUUCCCCCUCCUACCCCUAACUGAAACAAAACUAAUUCUUCUCAUAUUUCUUCUUUGGUCUCUGUGCCGCCGGUGCCGGUCCCCAGGACAGAGGGGUCCAGAGCUGCAAUGACGACUGGUGACUGCUGCCACCUCCCCGGCUCCCUCUGCGACUGCCCGGGAAGCGCUGCCCUCUCCAAGUCGGUGGAGGACUCGGACAUCGGCCGCCCGCAGUACGUCACGCAGGUCACCACCAAGGAUGGCCGGCUCCUCUCCACCGUGAUCAAGGCGCUGGGUGCGCAGAGUGAUGGUCCCAUCUGUCGAAUCUGUCAUGAAGGUGGAAAUGGGGAGGGACUGCUUUCCCCGUGUGACUGCACAGGAACACUGGGCACCGUGCACAAGAGCUGCCUGGAAAAAUGGUUAUCCUCCUCCAACACAAGUUACUGUGAGCUCUGCCACACAGAAUUUGUUGUAGAGAGAAGACCGAGACCUUUGACAGAGUGGCUGAAGGAUCCCGGUCCCCGCAAUGAGAAGAGGACACUCUUCUGUGACAUGGUGUGUUUCCUGUUCAUCACUCCCCUGGCUGCCAUCUCGGGCUGGCUGUGUCUGCGUGGAGCCCAGGAUCAUUUGCAGUUCAACAGCCGGCUGGAGGCCAUCGGACUCAUAGCACUAACGAUAGCACUUUUCACAAUCUACGUCCUUUGGACGCUGGUCUCGUUCCGGUACCACUGUCAGCUGUACUCGGAGUGGCGAAGGACCAACCAGAAAGUCCGUUUGAUGCUCCCAUCCUCGCGGAGCCCUCACCCCGUGCCCCACUCCUUCCUCUCCGCCAAGCUCAUGAAAAAGACCGCGGAUGAAACCACCGUGUGAGCCCGUCCUACCUGGCUGCUGGGGCCGGGGCAGCCCUUCAGGGCUGGCACGAGCGAGGGGGGUCGGGUGUCCCCACGUGCACACAGGAAACGUGGUGACCGUGGAGGCCCUCGGAAACAAUCAUCCCACCCAGAGGACUUUGCAGUCAGCGUGUACUUUAUACCAUGGCAAACAGACAGAGAAUUGAGCGCUGGCAUGUGAAAUGGCCCGAAAGAGCCAGAUGGUAGAACAUGCCUGUCUGCAGGGACACUUUCUAUAACUAAAUACCAUACGUGGAAAAUAUCUCCCUCUCUAUAUAUAUAUCUCUAUAUAUAAUAUUAUUUUUUAAUGGCCAUGCAUAUUGUGUCUUAGUCCUUUUGUGUUGUUCUAAGCUUCAGUUCUAGAAGCUGGCAGCCUGAUCUCAUUCAGAGGUUAAAUCUAUGCCUUUUCUCCAAGUGAGCAUACAAAGAACACCACUUUUCAUCAAUGUUCUUCAAAGUCCCCUUCUCCUUUGCACUAAGUUGGCUUUGAUAAUCCUGCAGCAGCCUUUCCCAUUCCUCUGGUCUCUGUCGUGGUGUUUCUGUCCAUUCUAGAAAGUUGUGUGGUUUUAAGAGUUACUGUAAUCCCAGAAGGAGUAAAAUGACGUGAUUCUGAGCGGAGCCGGUUUGUAUUGGAAAGUACUGGAAUUCUGAGAAUUUCACAACACGUUUCAAAGUGAGAAAAGCUCUUCCUGUGCAGACGUGAUCUCACAGAACACUUUCCUUGUGGAUCUUGGCUCAUCCCCAGGACUUGGAUGCCCUCAGCUCUUGCUGUGUCUGGCAAAGGUACAUGGAGGGUCUGAGGGUGAAAAGUGGUGGCUCGUACGUGCUAAACCCAUCAUUGCCUUCUGCUUUGAAGAUUCCAAAAGGAGCUUUCCUGACCCCAAAAGAGGCAAGUUGGAGUCUCUGUUUGCUGAUGUCCUUUCACCACCUUGAGGCUGGACCUCUCGUAGUGCUGGUUACACACACCCCUCACGGGACAGGCCGUCACUGCAGCUGCUUGGCAGGAUGCGGGUGGUCUUGGCUGUCUCUGUGCUUCAUUUGCACAUUCCUCAGCAGCAGCUGGAGGAGCUGCUGUCAUUGGGAUCAUCCCUGGAAGUGCUCUGCCUGUUAUGUGUCCUCUAGUGAAACACCCCAAGAGAGCAGGGAGGAGGCAGGCUCCAAGGUGCCCAUGUCCUUCAGUGGGUGGUGGCAGUCACACACUAUGUCCCCCUGCUCCUUUGCUGGACACAAGUGGGUCAGUCCAGUGCCCUGCUAGAUGGAGACCUGUCAUUUCUUGAAUUCAAAGCACCACAUCCCAUUCCUCCUCCUCUCUAGCUGCAAAGCAGGAUGCUUUUCCUUACGUAUUCCCUGGGCUGGAAGUCACUGGUGGCACAAGUAGCAGGGACCAGUGUCCUCUCUUUUCCAACAGGAUUACUCCAGCCCUGGGGCCUGCUCUGCAUCUGCUCUUCUUCUCCAUCUCCUGUCCCAGGUUUCUAAUGCAACUCAGUGAUCUCCCAGCACAUCUGGCAGCAGCUUUUCUGCCCAGCUUUGGGCUGGUCCGAGCUGGUGUCUGUUCUGAGCAUGAGGGUCUUGUUUGAUCACAGGGUGGAUGUCUGCUGCCACAGCCAGGCUGUGCAUCUCCUCUCUGCCACCCUCCCUGCCCAUCUCUUUCCUUCUGCCACAUACUCGUGGCCCCUUCCCUUUUCCAUGUCACGCAGGGAUGAGUUGGCCCCCAGUGCUCCUGGAGGUUUCUAGUGCAGUGGGACCUCGUCAACCCAGCUGCAGUUACAGUCCCUGCACAGUAGCAGCAUCCUGCUUCAAAUUGGCUUGUGCAGUGGAGCUCCCACCUCCACACACACCACCCUUUGGCAGUGGAGCUGCACCACUGCUCUGUGCCUUGUCCUGGGUGCUCCUUCCUUCAGCAGCUCCCCAACAAACCCCGUGGCACCAGGGCAUUCCCAGUGAAGAGAAACGUGGGGGUUUAGUUUCACUUCCCAGCCCUGGCUACUUCCCAGGAGCUUGGUCUUGCACCAUGUCUAGUUCUGGCAGGUAAUGAAGGAUGUGCACUCCCAGACCACGUUCCCCUCGUAAGGACUUAACGGAGCCAGUGUUUCUCACCGUGGGUCACUGUGAUCCACUCACUGUGGUUCCAAACAUGCAACUGUGAAAGCCAGAGUCCCUGGCUGGGGGCAGCAGGGGCCUGGCCCUGUGCUGCUGCAUGGCCAUGGCUUCACUUGCAGCUUCGUCAUCUUUAUCAUAGUUGCCAAUAAUUGGAGUUGUUGCAUGUGCCCCUGCAAAACCCAACAGCAACUCUUGGGGUCUUCUCCUCCUUCCCAGAGGAGAUGUUCAGCUCAUGGAUGUGGGAAAUCAGUGUCUCUGACCUGCCAUGUUCCAGUGUCGUGGGGAAACGGGCUGUGCAAUUGAGUCAAUAAAAGUGAGACAAACCUU